CGUUGCUACAAGACGGCGUACCACUUGACAUGGCAAAAGUUCUGGUGUUUAUGCUGCUUACUGCAGCGACCGCAAUGGCCUACCGAGUUGGCCGAUCUCCAGGUGGUCCCGGCUGGCAGUCAAGUUACGACGGCCUACCUUACACUGGUAUCGAGCGGUCCUAUGGCAACAACUGGGGUGGACCUGGCCUCAUCCGAUCAGUCAGAAAUGGUGGACGGAGCAGUAGCACCGUCGGAUCCAACGUUCGGACGCGAAACGGUUACGGGCAUAAGAGAUCUCCAACCUAUGGGUGGUCACAAAAUGGUUACAAUUCAAACAAUGCCUAUAGUGGUAGCUUCGCAAGAUCAAAUCCGGAGUUAAGAAACUCAGACUCCACAGUGAUUGAUAGCAUCGAUUCCUUAGCUUGGGACGGGUCAGGAUUUUAUUCAAACUAUUGGCAAUCCAUGGGAUGGUAGAAAUAAAUUUUUAUUUAAAUGUAUUGACUAGAUAAUAUUAAUCAGGCUUUUCUGUUGCUGAUAUCCUUUAAAUAAAUGUUGG